AUGGCACAACUUAAAACUCAAAUACCUGCACUCGCACUCUUUUUUCUCUUAAAUAAUUUACUCGUUAAACAAGUCAUUUCGUAUCCACUCUUGAAAACAAACGGAGGAAAUGUUGAUGUAAUGUUGCCUAAUGAUCAUUUACUUAAACGUCAAAUUACAACGAAAGCUAUCAAAAUGGGAUUAAAAGCUGCUAAAAGAUUAAUAUUAAAAUACAAUGUUGUUUUAAUAAUUCUUAUUGUUGUUCGAAAGAAUGAGAAAUGUAGAAACACAUUCAAUCCAAUCUUUGACUAUGAGCUUGAUGUUAAUGGUAGUGAUAUUGUGGAUGGUGAUGCUGAUGCAAAAGGACGUAUUGGCCAAACAUCUGCUCUCUUUCUGAAAAACAAAGCCAAUAUAACAUUGCCACAUCUUGUUGAACAUUCAAGCGAUCUUGUUAAUGAUAGAUAUAUUUUUGUUGCCUAUAGAAUCGACUCUACAUUCAUAAUGCAAGCAAUUACCAAAGGUACUCUCAGUAGAACUUUAUCUAGUAUAUUAUCUUCUGGUACAGUAUCAUCUGAGCCAGUAACAUCCAAUACAAUAAAUAAUAAUUCCUUGAGAAUGGUAUAUACAGCAUCAUUGGUAGUAAUACUCGUAUUAGUAUUGUCUCAGAAGGAAAAGUCAUUGUAG